AUGGUGAACUUUGUACUUCAUGGACUUGGAUUUUUUGUCAUUACCACAACUUUAAUACAAGUGCAAGCGUUGGAUUGUUCGUCAAACGAACGCUGCGUAUGCCACAAAUUAAACGGAAAAUUAUGGGCAAAUUGUAAACACCUCCAUCUUGCAACAGCGCCGUCAUUCAGCAGUGAAGUCAUAGGAAUAAAUCUGGCUGACAACAUACUUUCCAGUUUUCCUACAAAACUCCCUGUAAAUAUUCUAUAUUUAAAUGUCUCGAAAAAUAAUCUGGUUAACGUUACUGAGGACUCACUGGCAAGUUAUAGUAGUUUGAGAAAUUUAAGCAUUUCGGAAAAUUUGCUUCACACGAUUGAACUGGGAUCCUUUAAAAACUCUUCAAACUUAGUGCAUCUUGAUAUUUCCGGUAAUCAGGAACUGACGUUAGAGGUUUUGGCCAACAUAUCAAGUGAUUUAAGAAAGUCUACUUCCAUUCGAGUUUUAAAUUUUGAGAAAUUACAGUGUACAUACGGAGUGAGUUUCAUUGUUAAAAAAUAUCAUAUGGCUGACCUAAAGCAUACAAGUUUAGAGGAACUAAACUUGGCUUCUAAUCGAAUCAACAGCCUGGAAUUGGGUGUUCUCACCGAGUUACCCAAGUCACUAAAAUAUCUUAAUCUGGCUAAUAACGUACUCAGUUUUGGAUUUUAUCUGCUAGAAUUCGGCACUUUAUUCAACGUAAUUUCAAUCAAUGCGAGUUUUCAGUCCUCCUUUCAUCAAAUACGACUGAAGGAUUUUUUCACAAGGUGCAAAGAUACACAGGCGGUAUGUGCGAAUUUAUCGGAAAAUGAACAUGGGGAAAUGACAGCCAAAAAGCGGUUAAGUUUGCCUUUACUUACACAAUUCAAUGUAACAGUCUUUCUUCCACCAAACUUAAAAACCUUAUACUUUCACGAUAAUUUGUACAAAAUGACUCUUCAAAAUUUUGUGCUCAAAUCUGUUAAAGCACCUGUGUUGUCAAAAGUUUAUUUUCAAAACAACAUAAUAUAUGAACUAAACGGUCCCAUUACCGGGAUAGAAAGAGUCGUUUAUGCGGACUUCUCUAAUAAUUUUUGCAGUUAUAUAUCGCCAAGGUUUUUCCAAGAUUUUGAAAAUUUAUCUUAUCUUGAUCUUUCCCACAAUGCUUUGGGUGAAAAUCUGGAAAAUGAUGUUGAGGGAGAGAUUUUUCAGAAUCUGUUCGUGUUAAAAUUUUUAAACCUCACACGAAACAGAAUCGUACGACUUCCAAAGAAAAUAUUUUGGAAUCUCAAACAACUAGAAAAUCUUAACCUCAGUUUCAAUUCUUUGAAUAAGUUUACAGUACCCGUCAGUCACAUGGAUCGCUUGUCUUACCUCGACCUCUCUUAUAACCAGAUAUCGUCCAUGAGUAGAGAAACAAGGGACAUCUUAGAUGCAAUUUCCCAAAAGAAUCUACUAUCUGUGAAUUUAAAGGGCAACGAAUUAAGAUGUGACUGUGAGAACUUGGAUUUCGUGAAAUGGAUUCUAAAUUCAAGGAAUAUUAAUUUCCGACAUUUUGAUGAUUAUGUGUGUGCAUUUUCAAAUUCUUCAGGAAUUCCAUUCUCAGACAUCGAAAAUCUACUUCAGUUGUUGGAAAAACAGUGUUCCUCAUACACUCUUAUUAUCGUCAUUACAACGUCAUUAACAAUCGCUGUCUUAACCAUCACCGUCAGCCGUAUUCUCUACAGAUAUAGAUGGAAACUAAGAUAUAUGUAUUAUGUGGCGAGAGAAAAUUAUAAAAUUAAUGUUCAUAGGCCAGAUGCCUUAUCAAAUGAUCCAUACCACUUUGAUGCAUUCGUAUCUUAUGCUGACGAAGACAGAACAUUCGUCAUCGGCCUUGUAAAGCACUUGGAAAAGGAAUUCAAUCUAAGGCUGUGUAUACAUAAUCGUGAUUUCAUCCCAGGGACAGGAAUAGCAGAAAAUAUAACAAAUGCCAUUCAUAAUAGCAGGAAAACCUUCUGUAUUAUGACGUCACAUUUCUUAGAUUCGUACUGGUGUAUGUUUGAACUCAACAUGGCACGUAUGGAGGCCAUUUAUUCCAGAAACGGUGAAAAUGUUUUGUUUUUGGUUGCAUUAGAGAAAGGUAUAAUGAAAAAGUUACCAUUAUCAUUCAUGGACUUGAUCGAGUCCAAAUCGUACAUAGAAUUUCCGGAAGGUGAAGAUGAGGAUGAAAUAACAGCCUUUAGAUCCAAACUGGGAGAUACAAUCAGACGAUCAGUGUAGAUCUUAAUAAGCAUGCAGA